AUGGACAAUGUUGACCAAGUGGAAGAAAAUUACCCAAGCAUUUUGAAGCAAGACGCAGAGCCUGGGGAUUGCAUCAAAGAGAAAGGUAAGGUAGAACUAAAUGCCAUCAGCUUGGGACAGGAUGAGACUGAGCUAAUCCUUCACUUCAACCUUUGCUUUGAAUUUCCCUUUCUGUCGGGGGAAGACAUCAAACUCUUUGUCUGCUUUGAUGCCAAAGAGGUGACAGUGAAAAUACCCAGGAGUCACAAAUUCAAGUUUCCAAAUAGGAUGGAAGUGGUAUUCUUUUCUAUUGUUGGUGAACUUGAGAAUUAA